ACACGAUCCACCUAUAGCUAUAUAUAGCUAGACAGGUGAGGUAAUUUCAUUUGGCUUCCUUCUUACGACCGAUGUGAAGAACAUUAUUAUGAUUUUAUAACAAACAUAAUUAACACUUCGUGUUCAGUUUGGAAUUGAAGUUGUCUUGAUUUAAACGUGCUAUCAAAAAUCAGAAAGUGAAAGUGAAGGAUGAUGAGGGUGGCAAAGAUACAAUUCGGCGCACUGUCAUGCCUCGCAGUUCUAUUGAAUCUGUCCAGUUUAGCGCAUUGUACAAGCUCUGAUGUGAAAAGAUUAAAUGGCGAUGGGAUUCCAAUAGCUAAUGGCACGUGUGAUCUAAUAUCUUGUGGCAACUUUACUGAUGGUUGUAUUUUCCUUUGUCAGCGAGUUGACUUAACAAAUGGACUUCCGAAGCUUCCUGGAAAUGUGACUGAUGUAAUAAUUGACUCCUGUCAUAUGCCAGUCGUUGCAAAAUAUCCGCAUGGUUUGCUACCAUUGCUGAGGAGUAUAGAAAUAACGUAUUCUAACGUGAGAACAGUUUCGAAUGAUGCAUUCAGUAUAAUGUCGAACCUAGAAACAGUGAUAAUUACAGGCAAUUUGCUAAAAUCAAUUCCACCAAACAUAUUUUGGCUGCCUUUGUUAAAGCAUGUGGAUUUAUCCAACAAUCUUAUCAAGGACAUAAGCUUCCCCGAUAACAUUACUGUAAGAGGCAGAGAUAUAUCUAUAAACUUGUCAAAUAAUACAAUCACAGGUAUAUUGAAAGGAACAUUCUACGAAUUCACAUAUUUCGACGCAGUUUCGUUAUUUCUGGCUAGAAACUAUAUUACCAAUAUUAGUCGUCAUACAUUUGAUGGCAUCAGGCGUUUUAACAGUCUUGACUUGAGUGGGAAUAACUUCAGGAAAGGGGUCUCACUGUGGGAUGUAGGAGAAAGCAUACAGGAAAUACCAACUAAAGAGUUGAAAUUGGUCAACUGCAAAUUGAAUCGUCAUUUGGAUUCGUCAAUGUUUCAGAUGAUGUCAAGAUCGGACAUUGAAAUGCUCGAUCUUAGUAACAACAGCUGGGAACUGUGGCCAAGAGACACUUUGAAGCACCUUCCAUAUCUUAAAAACCUAACGAUCAACCACUGCCCUUAUUUCGCUUUCUUCGAAGCCGCAAAGGAAUUGGAAAAUGCUACAUACGUGUCACUAAGCUCAAAUGCGUUACUAAAAACACAGAUCAUAACGGAAAUUUGUAAAUCAUCUAAGAAGCUAGAGUAUCUAGACGUAAGCAGCAAUCAUUUCCAGUUCGAAACCAAGUUUAGAUCGAGGGUUUCUUCACUGAAAACAUUUGAUUUUUCUAACAACAACCAAAAAUCAAACAAGGCUAUGCGCAAAGUGCGUUAUAAUGAAAUAAUGCCCAACCUAGAAACUCUUAAACUCAGGAACAUCAAUGCAAACUGGGUUAACUAUAUGGAAGUAGGCGACAUAGUUCUGACAAACAUGUCCAAACUUGGAGAAUUAGAUCUGAGUUACAAUAGAAUUGGUAUCAACAGCUCAAGUAUAGGGAGCAACUUUAAAGGCUUGAAUCAGUUACACAAACUAAAUAUUUCAUAUAACAACAUAGCACACGUCUCCUUAGAUACUUUGAAUGCAUUCUUCCAUGAACUACCAACACUUAGAAUUGUAGAUCUGUCAUUCAACAAUAUACAACGUAUUCCAUAUAACCUCUUCAGCCGAAUGUCCAAUCUAACCAUACUUAUUCUUGAAGGAAAUCGUCUGACAUCUUUCUCUGAUAAAUACAUGAGGAACAACCUUCAUUUGACAGAGUUAUGGUUGCAGAGGAAUGCCUUAACUUGGAUAGACGCAAACAUUUUCACCCCAUUACAUUUAUCAAUUCUGGACAUAAGGCAAAAUGCUUUCUAUUGCAGUUGUGACCUCGUGAAUUUUAAAAGAUGGCUUAAUACCAAAAGUGAGGCCAUUACGGUACUAGGCGAAGAUCAAUCCUGCAAGACUCCUGACAUAUAUGAAGACACAUCCAUUAACAAGUUUGAAUUGCCAUGGCUCCAAUGUAACAAUCACCUGACCAUAAUGGUAUCAGCAUGGAUCGCUGCACCGGUUUUACUUGCGAGUAUCGUUGCUGUCAUCAUCUCGUACUUUCGUUGGGAUAUUAAAUACUGGUGGAUCCUUCGAAGAUCGCGAAAUUCCAGAAAGGGUUACACAGAGUUAUCUGGCUUAGGAGAUAACAUAUUCAAAUAUGAUGGCUUUGUUUCUUACAAUAGCGAUAAUGAAGAAUGGGUGACCGAACAACUCAUUCCAAAUAUGGAACAUUCUGAUGAUGACGUCAAUGUCAAAUUGUGUAUUGCGGAGCGUGACUUUACUCCAGGAGAAUUCAUUGCAGACAACAUCGUAAACUCAAUAAAUGAGAGUAGGAAACUCAUGUUUGUUAUAACAGAAGAGUUCAUCAAAAGUCAAUGGUGUGCAUUCGAGCUAGAAAUGGCGCAUUUGAGACAAUUCGAUGAAAAGAAAAACCUAAUCGUGCUCAUAUUUUUAGAUAAAAUACCGAAAAAGAAAUUACCAAGAAAGAUCCGUUUACUCAUGCGCCAUGUGACCUACGUUGAAUGGGACGAAAAAAACAAGCGUACUCAGAGUUUGGUUUGGAAGAAAUUGAAACUGAGCUUAUUGGACAAUCCGAUCGAUCUGACAUAUGGAGUUACCCCUUAAACGUAAAAUAUACGUGCAUCGACAUAAUAUA